CCCCGUAGGACUGGAAGGGUAACAAAAGCGACUGCACCAAGGGCGCGCGCAUCUUUUGCGCAUGCGUAAAUCGGCUCACCUUAACAAUGUUCCGGUUCUGUGGCGUUCGCUAUCCGAGGUCGGGAGGCAGACAGUAUGUGUCGACUGCUAAAGCACCACGUGUCUGUCAAUACUACAGUAGCAGUGAGUUUGCAGACAGCCACCAUGACAAACUGUACCCUGGGCAUAUUGCCACCAGCCCCAUCCAGAAAGCCCUGUUGGCUAUUGGGUCAGGGAUGGCAGCAUUGCAGAACCCAUACAGGCAUGACAUGGUGGCUGUGCUUGGAGAGACAACAGGACACCUAGCCCUGAUGAAUCUCAGGGACAGGAUGAGAAAUGACCCUGAGGGCUAUACAAUUCUAAUGGAAAGGCCAAGGAUCCGGCUAGCUACCCUGGAUAUGAACAAGAUGUCCUUGCUGCCCGAUGGCUCCUUUGGGAGGGAAUACCUACGUUUUCUACAGAGCAACCACGUGACUCCUGACUCAAGGGCAGAUGUGAAGUUUGUGGACGAUGAGGAGUUGGCCUAUGUGAUGCAGCGAUACAGAGAGGUCCAUGAUUUAUUGCACACAUUACUAGGCAUGCCCACCAACAUGCUAGGUGAGGUGGCAGUGAAGUGGUUUGAAGCGGCUCAGACCGGGUUGCCGAUGUGCAUUCUUGGAGCAGUGCUUGGACCACUUCGACUGAACACAGUGCGACUGCAGCCAUUAUUGACAUCCCUGGGUCCAUGGGCUCUACGAAAUGGACGUCAGGCCCGCUGUGUCCUCAGCGUUUUCUAUGAAAAACGAUGGGAGCAGAGUCUUGAAGAUCUUAGGCACGAGCUGAACAUUGAGCCACCUCCAAUUACUUUCACUACCAGUGCCCAAGGAAAUACCCAAGACAGAGUUUAGAUAAGACAUUUGUGAAGAAUGACCUGGACUUCUAAUAGCUAUGAAACUAGAGACCUUUUUUGUGCAAUAUUGUGAUGAUUCUCAGUGGAACCGCACUCUGCAAGUUGUGCCAACCUUUUUCCAUAAAGAAGGGGACAGAGUAUGAAGCUCAAUGGUCUCACUGUAUUCAUUAACAAUGGACGAACUAAAAAAAAAAGAAGAAGAAAGAAACAAGUAGUUGGCUUUUGCUGAAUUGAUUCCCAUUGUACCUUGGAUUUCAUCUUGGGUCUUGUUGAAAUUAAACUUCGAACCUUUGCUUAUUUCAUCCAAAGUUGUAAUUUCAGCCACAGAAAUGUGUUUUUGCAACUUCCACUUACGUACGGUGCCAGCAACUAGUGCAAUCACAGUCUGGUGAAAUAGACAGUAUUUCUUUACCAUCUAUGGUUGCUGCUUUAAUCAGCUUGUCUAAUUGCUGUGAUGGAUGGCAUCCGGG